AUGGACGGCAUCCAAGAGGCCGAAGCGCAGGAGACAGCCAGGUUUACGACCGCCAAAAAAGGAUCCACUAUCAACGGAAGUGGUCCUGGCGGAAUCUGGAAUUUUGAAGUUCCCACAUCUCCUAUACAAUCUUUUGCCAAUUGGGGCAAGAAACUUCAUCUUUGGCUCCUCGCUUCAUUCUAUCCAGCCACUGCCUAUGUUGGCCACCUUAAUCCUUUCCAUAACGAUGUAAACCCGAGCAAAGGCACAUAA